AUGGCCCAAGCGAUCUCUCAGAAAUUGGCCCAUCUCUCUUUAGACGAGUCGUCAAAACCGUCGUCUCCUCCCGCUAGCCCAACCCCUGUGCAGGCCGAGCCUGAGAUCACUGAACUAUGCACAUGCCCACCCUCCCCUAACAUGGUCCAGCUCAUGAAUGCUGGCAUCAGACUACCCGUUCACUACUACGGCUUUCUGAUCGAUGAAGAGCCCGGAGGAUUCAUUGAUUUCGCCCGACGCUACGUCGAACCCGACCAUAUGCACAGGUGGACAAUCGACGAUCUCUUCAUGCUUGGCCUCCGUAAAAUACAUCGCCUUGGGAAGCUACGAAAAGAACCAGCUGCGAAGAUGGCUUGGGUUGAUAACUGGGCGAAGGCUGAGUGUCCGAGAGUGAAGAAGGCGGUGGGGAGGCAGGUGGUGGUGUUGCCCUUGUUCGCGAAUAAUUUCUCGAGUUACGACGGAAGGCCGACACAAAAACAGGUGGAUUUGAUGUCGCGUCUUCUAGGACAGCGACCGAGGUGGUGGCAGGCGGCUCCCAUGUAG